AAAAAAUGUGGCGUUGAAUUGUUAAAAUGUGCGGACAACACCUACCACAUUAUAAAAUUAUAACACUACACGUAAAUUACAUCGGCAAAGCAAAAGAAACUUUCAGUUUUCAACGAUUUAUGACAAACUAUUACAUCAAAUGCGUAGAACAGAUCCAACUCAACGAACAUCAACAACAAUUUUUAUUGACUUACUUCUCAAGUUUCGUUUGUAAAACUUCGUUCAUAUAUGAUGCUGGUAUAUUCCUCUUAACUGAAUGAUAAAGAACAAAGGAUAGCUAAAAUCAAGAGAUUCCAUGGUAAUUUUCUUCUUGAACCUAGUUUUAUGGGCUAUAACCACCCUUUUGAACAUCAUAACAUGGUUAAUCUUCAACACAGCGGCUCACCUUCUGGUUUUGGCGAUUCGGGGUUGCAAGAUUCCGGGUCAAGCAAUCCAAGGCGCGUUAGAGCAAUUGGGAAAUGUUAUCCGUACAUGUUUGGUGUACCUUUUGGAGCUGUCCAUGAACUCCAUGAUGGCUUUUGUUUCUUCCCUUUUUGAUGCAAUGAAACAGGGGAUUACGGAUUCGGCUACUGGUGCUGGCUCUGCUCUGGGCAGCUUAAUGGAGGAGAUGAGAGGUUCGUUGGAAAAUUUGAUCAAAGAAAUAGCACCUCAAGUUAUUGAAGGUUUUACGGAUUUGAUCACAAAUGUUGUUGUAAAUUUGUGGAAUAGCUACAAGGAAGCUGUAGCUUAUGUUCUUGAAAAUAUGUGAUUACAUUAAAAACUUUGUAUCCCCUUUAUUCUUUCGUUUUUUUUUUUUUUAAUAAGAUUUGAACUUCCUUAAUUUCCAUCUUAUAAGAAAAUUUGAUCCUCUUAUAACUUCUCCUUAAUAACUUACCAAUUGUGAGCUAUCAUUUGUAAAUCACUUGAUAAUGAGGAAGGUGUUUUUUUAACUUAACAGUAUCCUCCAAGUAACUUGUCAUCUUGGGAGGAAAAAAUAACAAAAACAGAGUGAUGU